AUGGCAGCUGGGAAUAGAAUGUGCUCCUCUGCAGCUGUGCAGACUCUGAAAGCGCAGUCUCCCGAGCUCAGGACCCACAUCGAUUCCGAAUUAGAGCGGAAUGUGAACGCAUCAUCGGCUCCGCUUCUUAACCUGUCCCUCGCAUCGUCAGCCAUUCCCCCGGCCGUCAGUCAGCAGAUGAAAACAAAUUCACCCGUCACCCCCGAGCUGGGCGGCUUCAGGAGGGUGUGCCGGACGGAGGACGCCGGCCCCUGCCCCUUCCCGGGCCUGGAGGCCGGGGUGCUGCAGAUGCGGGUGAAGGAGGGCAGUAAGAUCCGGAACCUGAUGGGCUUCGCCAUGGCGCGCGUGCAGGGGGAGGGCGCCGCCCGCCAGGUGGUGUUCGCCGGCUCGGGCCGCGCCGUCACCAAGACCAUCACCUGCGCCGAGAUCAUGAAGCGCAAGGUCCCGGGGCUGCACCAGCUCACCAAGCUGCACUACACCGCCCUGCAGGAGGUGUGGGAGAGCCAGGAGGGGCCGGCCUCCGAGAUGACCGUGCACAGGACCGUCCCCUCCAUCAGCAUUCUCCUCUCCAAAGACCCCCUGGACCCCUGCGAGCCCGGCUACCAGCCCCCCGCCGACCCCAGCGCUCCCUGGGAGACCCCGGGCCGCAAGGAGGAAGAGGAGGAGGAGGAGGAGGAGGAGGAAGGAAGCGGUCUCCCCCUGACCGCCAGCAAGAGGCCGUACUGCCCAGCAACUCAUACCAGCCAGGCUGCCUCCAAGAGAGUGUGUUUGAUGGACCGGUCUCACCAGUGCUGACCCACCUGCUCUUUUAGGGACAAUACAGGACAGGUAUAAAUACUGCUCACUAUGUGCCAAACACAGGGGAAAAAGAACUUCUUACUUUGAGACAGAGUGCUACUCAUUCUGAUAACAGCCACAGUUAAUGAACUGAAUGUGUCUCUGUAGGUUUAUUGCAUAUAUGAUAAUGCUCUUGCCAGUUUGUGAGGAUUGUAAUGAACAAGCACACGCAGGGAGACUGAAAUGGGUUAUUGCUUGAAUGCCGUUUGAAUGUUACAGAACACAAAAGAUUCCCAUUGUCGUUGUUUAGAUGUACAGAGGUAAAGCAGACCACAGGUAACUUUAUCUGAUGGUAAGUGAUCAUAUUUCUGCCGAUAUCCUGCAUUAAACUAUUUGUUUCAAUUAUACUUCAUACUGGUAUAC